CUAUAAAAUAAGAAGGAUCGAAAGCAACUUGUGCUAGUUUUAUUACAAGUUUUUUUCCUAAUUUACAACUGUAUUUACUAUUUUACAGCUGGCUGGCAAAUCACGUUUUAAGGCUGUUGUCGUCACUUACUUAUUCAGUAGUCAAGCGAAACUGAAAGUAGACGUAGACUGCGCUUGCAUGUUGGUUUUAAGAAAGAUGAUUGUCCCAAUGAAAUUAUACAUCAUGUUUUGGGGUUUGGCGGUUUUUAUCCUUGCGCUUUUAUGCUUAGUUGUAAAUGGGUCUGAAUCUGCUGAUGAUCUUCAAUGGCUUCCUUGUCAAUUUGUGGAUGAGAAAGUUUAUUUGAAUGAAGAGGGCCACAUAGAGACUCAAUAUAUCUACAAAAAGGCUAUUAUUCAGUUUGGUAAUGAUGGUGACAGACCUUUAUAUCUGAAUAUUACCUUCCUUGUUACAGCUUCUAGAGUUGAUAUGAGACAUUAUUUGGAGGGAGACAAGGACACAUUAAACUGUAUAAUCCGUAGAUAUAACAUUGGACGGAUCGUAAUGCGCUGGCCUGCUGUUGGAUCACAAGAGUAUGACAUCUUUUUCACCUGUACAUUACGUCACACUAAGGGAGCGUUCAACAUCACCACCUUCCUCAGACACACACCUCCUGCUCCUGCCGGAGGACAGGUGGACUUUCUACAGAGACUAAAAAUUAAUGAUAAUGACCUCCUGACAACAUCAGCUGUGAUGGCUGUUCUGACACGGACCCCUUCUGUGGAAGUGGGCCUCCUGAAGGAACCCACUUUGCACUGUCAGUUUGCAGUGGAUCACAAGAAAGCUAAUGUAAGAGUGGAGUGGAUAUUUCAGAGACACGGAAAACUGUUAAGCUACUCCAGCCACACAGCGAUAUCUAAAGGUACUGGAGUGUCCAUUAAAGACAUCGGUGCUGGAAACGCUUCCUUUAAACUUCCACCCACCCAAAAAACAUCAGAGGGCAUCUACAUCUGCUCAAUUCGUGUCCCUCCUCUCAAUGGCAGCCAAAAUAUUCUUGUUAGGCUAAGAGAACAACCCAACGUGUCUUUGAAUGUGGACUCGACGUUAUCUUUGACACUUGGCGAGUACAAGAAGGUUAUGUGUGAUGCUGAGAGAUACUACCCACUGGAUGUAAACAUAGAGUGGUUGCGAGAACAAGUCGGCGUCAGCCCCACGCCUGUGUUACUAGACAAUGUUCUACACUCCAAUCAUCAGCAUGACCACGAUGGCUUAUUCUCUCUCUCAGCCUUCUUUUAUCUGAAGCCUAGCCUGGAGGACUCGGGAUAUAAGUACACUUGCAAAGUGUCCCACAAGUCCUUGCUCACUCCCAUCCGCAAAAGCUUUAUCCUCUCAGUCACAGCACCUUACUCGACUAUGGAGUAUAUCACAUUCUCUGGGUUUGUAGUUGUUAUGUUAGGAUUUCUCUAUAGGUACCUACCUCAGUUCAUUGCUGCUCGAAAAGCUGCUAGUAAGAGAAUCUAAGAGCUCAUGAAGAUUCGGUACGCCGUCAUGGAAACCGACAACAUAUCCUCCUCCUCUCACGCCCGUCUCCUCCUGCUGAUUCCAAGAGCAGCGAGCACCGCUUGUUCAGCCCCGACAAAACGUUGCAAAACGUUUUUUAAACGGAAACGGUGGUGCGGUUGAACGCCCUGUUGUGAUGACGCAAGAGUUGAACUAUGGCAGCUGAGAAGGCCAUUCUUUGAGUUCUUUUUGAAUAAUUUUCGCCAGAUGAAAUCGGUAUAAAUACGUGUUGAAUACUGCAAAAUACAUCUCUUCUAAUAUCUUCAAUUGUUGCGUAUACCGAGCUGCAGCGGACACAUUUAAACGACUUUACUUGGUCCGAUUGUUGGAGCUGUCUCUUUAAUACCGCGUGGGUUAGAUACAUGUUGCUGCUGAUUGGGCUGACAUUCUUGACACACCCACCAACAAGAGAAAACGUAUCUCAAACCCUGUUGCACACCGUUGCAAACCGUUUCCAGCAAAACGUUGCGCACCGGUUUGAGCUUGAACAUGCCCCAGGUGUUCUUCAUGACAAAAUGGGGAGUAUGCUGUGAAAUAUAUUUUCAGAUCUCAUGGUUUAUAUUGUUUACACAGGCUGUUAAGGCCAUUGUUUUUUUUUAGGCUAAUUGGCAUUAUUUCUCUUUAUAUAAUUUUAAUUUUUAAUUGUACAUUUAGCAGAUUUUAAUUUUAGAGGCAAAAACGACUUCUUAAACAAUUCGCAAAAAAAAUCUUUGUUGGAGCCUCUAUUUGAAUAUUUUAUCCUUUUUUAUUUAUUGUCCUUUUUUCUUUUGAAUUGUUUUUUUUAUCAGCACUUUAUUGUGCUGCUGAACCAUAUCAGCAAAACCAAAUGAGCCAGUAUAGUGUUCCAGUGAGUAGAUUCAUGUAUAUUAUUAUGGAAAUUGGAAGUGCUGGUUUUUUUGUCAGGUUGCAAUAAGUUAUACUUAGAACGUGUUGAUUUGACAGUUGUACCUGCUGGUAUCAGCAAUUCUUUUGCUAAAACAAGUUUGAAAGUUUGAUCUCUAGAAUCAAUGAAUGUUUCUUCUCUUUGAAUUGUAUGUUAAAAAUGGACAAAAAAUACCCGUGAUAUAUAAAAUAUUAUAUAUAUAACUCUGUUUGAAUAUUGACUGUCAAAUAGUUUUAUUUAAAGUACAUUAUCUAAAUUUUUGUUCAUACUGUUUGUAUUUAUUUGUUGUGGGUCAAUGUAAA